GGAUGAAUGGAAGAAGACAUAGAGUUAUGCAUACUCCCGACAAUAACCAGUGACUUUUUAUUUGUAGACAGAGAAGCUUGGCGACUGAGACCUUUUUUUUCCCCACGCUGGAUUUACGAGAACCGAACUGAAUUGAAAAAUGUUAUUUGCUUUAACAAAACAAUUUACUCUUGUGCAACAUUAAAUUGUGUCAAUCAAGCAAACAAAGGAAGAAAGCCUUAUUUAUAAAAUAGCCUGCUUCUGAUUCACUUGAUUGCUUCUCAGGUUCCAACAGGGCGACAAAAUGAAGCUUUUGGUGCUUGGUGUUUUUCUGUUUUUCUGUAGUUCCCCAGCCUGGACAAAAGAUAAGCACUAUUACCUUGGAAUUAUUGAAACAACUUGGAACUAUAACUCCGACCGUGGGGAAAAGAAACUUGUUUCAGUUGACACAGAGCAUUUCAAUUUCUAUCUUCAAAAUGGCCCAGACCGAAUUGGAAGAACAUACAAAAAGGCCCUUUAUAAUCAUUACACAGACGGAACCUUUAAGACAACCGUAGAAAAGCCAGCCUGGCUCGGGUUUUUAGGCCCUAUCAUCAAAGCUGAAGUUGGAGAUAAAGUUUAUGUACACUUAAAAAACUUUGCCUCUAGGCCUUACACUUUCCAUGCACAUGGAUUAACUUACUAUAAGGAGCACGAGGGGGCCAUCUACCCUGAUAACACCACCAACCUUCAAAGAGCAGAUGACAAAGUGCUUCCAGGAGAGACCUACACGUACAUGGUGCUUGCCACGGAGAACCACAGCCCUGGGGAAGGUGACGGCAACUGCGUGACGCGGAUCUACCAUUCCCACAUCGAUGCUCCGAAAGACAUUGCCUCGGGGCUCAUCGGACCUUUAAUAGUCUGUAAAAAAGAUUCUCUAGAUAAGGAGAAAGAAAAGAACAUCGAUCAAGAAUUUGUGGUGAUGUUUUCUGUGGUGGAUGAAAACCUGAGCUGGUACCUAGAAGACAACAUUAAAGCUUACUGCUCGGAGCCAGACCGAGUGGACAGAGACAAUGAGGAAUUCCAGGAGAGCAACAGGAUGUACUCUGUGAAUGGAUACACUUUUGGAAGUCUGCCAGGACUCUCCAUGUGUGCAGAAGACAGAGUAAAAUGGUACCUUUUUGGUAUGGGUAAUGAAAUCGAUGUGCAUUCAGCUUACUUCCAUGGGCAAGCACUGACCAACAAGAACUACCGUGUGGACACAAUCCAUCUCUUCCCUGCUACACUGUUUGAUGCUUUUAUGGUGGCCCAGAACCCUGGAGAAUGGAUGCUGAGCUGCCAGAACCUAAACCAUCUGAAAGCCGGUUUGCAGGCCUUUUUCCAGGUUCAUAACUGUAGGGAGCCCUCCUCCGAAGACAACAUCCGGGGGAAACACGUGAGACACUACUACAUUGCUGCUGAGGAAAUCAUCUGGAAUUACGCUCCCUCCGGUAUAGAUAUCUUCACCAAAGAAAAUUUAACAGCUCCUGAAAGUGACUCAAGGGUAUUUUUUGAACAAGGUUCUACAAGAAUUGGUGGCUCUUAUAAAAAGCUGGUUUACCGUGAGUACACAGAUGUGACCUUCACAAAGCAAAAGGAAAGAGGCCCAGAGGAGGAACAUCUUGGCAUCCUGGGUCCCAUCAUUUGGGCAGAAGUGGGAGACACCAUCAAAGUCACCUUCUAUAACAAAGGACCAUACCCCCUCAGUAUUGAGCCAACUGGGGUGAGAUUCAGCAAGGACAAUGAGGGCAUGUUCUAUGCGCAACACUACAAUCCCCCGACAGAAAGUCCACCUCCUCAUCCAGCCUCCCAUGUGGCGCCUAAGGAAACCUUUACCUAUGAAUGGACUGUCCCCCAGGAAGUGGGACCCACUUAUGCAGAUCCCGUGUGCCUGUCUAGGAUGUAUUAUUCUGCUGUGGAUCCCACGAAAGAUAUAUUCACUGGGCUUAUCGGGCCAAUGAAAAUAUGCAAGAAAGGAAGUUUACAUGCAAAUGGGAGACAGAAAGAUGUAGACAAGGAGUUCUAUUUGUUUCCCACUGUAUUUGAUGAGAACGAGAGUUUGCUCCUGGAUGAUAAUAUUAGAAUGUUUACAACUGCACCUGAUCAGGUGGAUAAAGAAGAUGCAGACUUCCAGGAAUCCAAUAAGAUGCACUCGAUUAAUGGAUUCAUGUAUGGGAAUCUGCCUGGUCUCAAUAUGUGCCUAGGAGACUCAGUCGUGUGGUACGUAUUCAGUGCUGGAAAUGAGGCCGACGUACAUGGGAUCUACUUUUCAGGAAACACAUUUCUGUCAAAAGGAGAAAGAAGAGACACAGCCAAUCUCUUCCCACAAACGAGUCUGACACUUCUCAUGCAGCCUGACUCGGCAGGGACCUUUGACAUCGAGUGCCUUACGACCGACCACUACACAGGUGGCAUGAAGCAGAAAUACACUGUGAGCAGCUGCACACAGCAGCCCGAGGAUCUCACCGGCUACCUGAAUGAAAGAACCUACUACGUGGCAGCCCUGGAGGUGGAAUGGGAUUAUUCGCCACACAGGGCAUGGGAGAAGGAGCUGCAUCACUUACAAGAGCUAAAUGUUUCCAAUGCAUUUCUAGAUAAGGGGGAAUUUUACAUAGGCUCAAAGUACAAGAAAGCUGUGUACCGGCAAUACACGGACAGCACCUUCCGAGUCCCAGUGGAGAGAAAACCUGAGGAAGAGCACCUGGGGAUUCUAGGCCCACAGCUUCAUGCAGAUGUUGGAGACAAAGUCAAGAUUGUCUUUAAAAACAUGGCAACAAGACCCUACUCCAUACAUGCCCAUGGGGUGAAAACAGAGAGCCCUCUGGUGACCCCGACACUGCCAGGUGAAAUUCGCACUUAUAUAUGGAAAAUCCCAGAAAGAUCUGGAGCUGGCACAGAGGAUUCGCCCUGUAUCCCAUGGGUUUACUACUCCACUGUGGACCAAGUUAAGGAUCUCUACAGCGGAUUGAUUGGCCCACUGAUCGUCUGUCGGAGACACUACCUGAAAGUAUUCAAUCCCAUAAAGAAACUGGAAUUCUCCCUUCUGUUUCUAGUAUUUGAUGAGAAUGAAUCUUGGUACUUAGAUGACAACAUCAAAACAUACUCUGAUCACCCCGAGAGAGUAAAAAAAGAUGACGAAGAAUUCAUAGAAAGCAAUAAAAUGCAUGCUAUUAAUGGGAGAAUGUUUGGAAACCUGCGAGGCCUCACAAUGCACGUGGGAGAUGAGGUCAACUGGUACCUGAUGGGGAUGGGCAAUGAGAUAGAUCUGCAUACGGUGCACUUUCACGGCCACAGCUUCCAUUACAAGCACAGGGGCAUUUAUAGUUCUGAUGUCUUUGACAUUUUCCCUGGGACGUACCAAACCCUAGAAAUGUCUCCCCAAACGCCUGGAAUCUGGUUACUCCACUGCCAUGUGACCGACCACAUUCAUGCUGGGAUGGAAACCACGUAUGCUGUUCUACCCAACGAAGAAACCAAGUCUGGCUGAAAGAAAUAAUUUGGUGAUAAGUGGAAAAAUUUUAAAAAAAGAUUCAUAACAAUGUAUGUGAACAUGUUAAAUACAACAUUGCUUUGGAAUGGCUAAAAACAUUAAUAAAAGACUGAAAACAUAAAAUUCUGUGCAUCUGUGGGGGAAACUGUGUUGCCUGCUACAGAUAAAAAAGAUCAUUAAGAUGUUAAAAAAAAAAAAAAAAUCUAUGACCAGAGAGCUGUCCCGGUGGUCCUCAAAGGAUCACAUGAAGCGUCCCUGACAUGUUCCCAACCAUCACCUUCCCAUCAAUGCUGACAUCGUUUCUAAUGAGCCAGUGGGCAUGCAGGUACAAGCUGCAGAGGAAGAAGGAAAAAUAAAACAAAAAUAAAAAGAUGCCAAUUGGAGUUUUGUUGAAUCCUUGAAAAGAUGGUCAAGGGAUAUUACCUGGAAUUGGGAAAGGUGAAGUUGAGAAACAAUGCCUAUGUCAAAUCCAGGUAAAAACAAACUUAAGAUAAUAAAAUAUUGAAACCUUGCCACCAGGAGACAAGCUUCAGAACGUGGUUGUGCCAGGCAGUGGGCAAGCAGAACUUUUGUACUGUCUCAACUGGAUUCAGUGAAUACUCUCAAUGAGCUGAACUUGGACUCAAAACUCCUUAACAAGAGGUUAAAAAAGAAGACAGACGUGACUAUCAUGAUACAGUGCUUUAUUGUCACAAAUGCUCCAGCUGCAAGAGCAACAGGAGUAUACAUCAACAGGAAACAGAUACAAGGCUUGGGCUGGAAAGCAUGCAUUCAACAAAUGAUGCCAACGUCCAGACAGGAAGUGAGGUUUGUGAACAUUUACUUCAUCUGAUGCAGAAAGAAACAGCAUAGGAUUUAAAAGUAACAAGAAGAUAGAGUUGGAAAUCUUUUACUGUGGCAAAACAUUUACAUCUUCCUCAAGAGAAAAUUAUUAUUAUUUUUUGAAAGUAACACAAUAGAAAAAUCUGGAAAAAUCCAGAAUAUAAAAAUUCUGGUGCUCUAAAGUAAUAUUCAAAUAAACUUGUAAAAUAUUUCCUCGAGUGUUCCUGGGAUAGAAAAAGAUUGUCAUGUCUCCAAGAACAAGAAAUCGGUGGUGUUUUCUGGAAUAAAAAUCAGUAUCCACUUUUAAAUAUGUGGCUUCCUUGAAGCAUUCUUAUGUCUUGAAGCUCUUUUACAUUCUGGGCAAUUAAAGGGAUUCAGGUUAUAAAUUUAGAAAUUAGUGGUUACCCACUACAUGAAGCACCCUGAAAGAAUCUGAGAUAUGUAAAAAAUAAAAAAAUUAAAAAAAAAAAAAACCCUUUGCUUGUAUCUGUACCUGGCAAUGAAUUUUUAAAAUGCAGCUUCAUGUGCUACUUUCAAAAGACACUUCAAGUCAGUGAUUUUUUGCGACUGCAGUAAAGAAGAUAGGGCAAGAAGAAUGCAGCAGUGCCAUCUUCUGGGAGGAUGUUCAAGAAAUCCCUGAGCUCCAGUUCCAUAGCGACGAUGGAAAGCACUUCUGUUAUGGGAAAGAAAACCUGUUAGAAUGGAAAGCCCAUCUUUAAUCUAAGUCUCUUAAUCACUCAUUCGAUUAAUCAGAAGCUGGUUCGGGAGACAAAAUACUACGACUACAAAGAGAACAGUCUCCUAAGUCCACAGAUGACUUUGUGGUUUUAACAACUUCUAACAUCCUUUCUAGACUCCUCUGAAGUUGAUUUUAUAUCAGCCCCAUGGGAUCUGGAGUUCCUCUUUCAUUGCUGGAUUACUGGGUUGUUUUUCAAUAGGUUCCUAUUGUUUUCUAAAGAGAAAUGCGACUAUCUGAAAAUGGCCUUCUGUUAGCGCUGUCCUGCAGGAAAUAUACAUCAGAUGUUUGCCAGGCAAGAAAACACCAUUUCCAGUUGGAUACCACUGCCCUAAAUCAGUUCCUCUCCAUUAUGAGAUUGUGACAUUAUUAAUAAGUACAAAUGUGCCUUUUUCAUAAACUGCAAAGGAAGGUGCUCCAGUGAACAUUUUCAACACGAAGGGCUUCUCAUCAAGUGUAUUUGUAAAGGUAAAUGUGUGCUUUUGUGAUUGUAUUACUAGUUAAAAGAUACACGCUUCCCUCUUCUAGAGAGAAGGGUGAUGCUUAGGAGCAGUGUUCCCCAUAAAUGCCUCCUGGUCUCUGGCCCUAUGUGCACUUCAGGCCAUUCCUGAGUGUCCUCAUGUGCCCACUACUUGCUCUACGUAAGAGCCGCUCAGAGGCAUCUGCCCAACAUUCAGCAAUCUUAACCCUCGUCAUGCAGAGGAGCCUCCUGCUGUUUUUGCUGAAAACUCAUAAGUGCGGUGGAGCCAUGUGGAAGAUCCCUAGCUCUGGAAUCAGACAGUGUAGGGAAGGAAUCCAGAUGUCAACCCACCUACUUGGUGAGUGACUUAAAGAGAGUUACUUAAUCCUUUGAGUCCUGGUUUCCUUGUCUGUAAUGUGUUUUUAGUUUGUGGUUCCUGGGGCAGUGCUACUGGUAUUCAGCAGGCAGGGGCAAGGAUGCUGCUGUUUAACAUCCUCACGUGCACUGGGGACAUCACACAAACAGACAAUUUCCCAACCCUCAAAAUGCCAAGGCUGGGAAAAGCUGCAGUAGAGAGAAAAAUCGGCGCUCCAACACACCCUAGGAGUCCCUGGUACUCUCUUGCAGUUUUGCCCUACAUUUCACUCUAGAGUGACUCUGGAACUUCUCAUCAGUUCAGGGAUAUAUAAAAAAGUGGGUCACUCGCUAAGUGGCACACCUAGAACUCAAUUCUAAUUUUUCAGACUCAAAUCCGGGACCUUAGUGUGCUUAGCUGCUGACAGGAACACCUCUAAGAAAUGGAAUUUCUUCAGGUACCUCCCCUUCCAAUCAAUAAAUAGCUACAGGAUGUUUCCUGUGGGAGAAGCACAUUGCUGCUGAGCAGAGUGCACACCAUGAAAUGCAGACAGAACGCUGUGCCGGCUCUGAGGCACUGCAAUCCAAUGAUGGAAAUCACACACGUGAGCACACACACAAACACUGGAGGAACAAUUAUGGGUAAGUUAGGGAAGAAAGCACAUGGAUGUGAGCCAGAAAGAGGCUUGACUAGAUAACACUGUUGCAGAGGUGUGAAAAUGGGGGACAUCUGCAGGAAGGUGGGAAAGUGACCCACCCACGUGAAAACUAUCUUAAUUAAUAGUGAUUAAUUAUGUGAUUAAUUUUGAUGCAAGUGGGGCAAAGCAAUCAGACACCUGCCACUUCCAUCUUCUGAAAAUCAAAGCAGUCAGGGAGGAAGACAAAGAGUUGGUGGGAGGUAGCCUCCUCCUUCCCCUAUCACAAACGUGCAACGUUUACUAAGUGGGAUCUUCAGAAAAACAACAUCUGAUGGCCACUGGCUCUGCCUAAUGUUUUAAAAAUCUAUUGCCUCAGCUAGAAAAUAUAAUUCCAACACUGUCGAUUUCUAAUAUUUCAUGUGCAUUACAAUCAACAUUGACAUGACUUUUGUAGUCAGGCCAACAAAUAACUAGUAACAUUAACACACAACAACAUAGAAAAUGAAAAUGAUAUGUCCGUUAAGAUUGAUAAAUGACUAUGUAUGAAUGAUGAAAAUUCAAAUUGACAACCUACGCUGUAAAAAACUGUAUGAUUUAGACAUUCAACUUUUAAACACUGGAAGAACUCAUCCUUCUUCAAUACUUAAAAUUGUGUUUGUUAAUCUUAGCUUCAGACAUGAAGUAAAUUAAACACUCAGAUCAUUAAUAAAAGAUGUAAUUAUCUUCA